UUGGAGUAGCUCUGUUACUUUUUAAAUGAGCUACAACAACAGUUAAUUUCCCUUUGGGAUUAAUAAAGUAUUUUUGAAUUGAAUUGAAUUGAAUUGAAUACUUUUGGUGAAAUAAAGUCAUUGCAAAACAUGGAAUGUGGUGAUGUCACAGUCACUGAUGUCACUAUUGGAGUAUGACACCAGUCACAUUACAUUCUAAAGGAAUCUAGCUAAAACUAACUGAAACUGUUUCCUUGCUGCACAGGGCUGUUUGCUGGGGCAUUUUCUCCAUAUUCUUCUGACUCAUCUUGUUUAAAAUAUUCUGUGUAUAUUUAGUACAUUUAACAUAAUCUGAUUGGAUCUGCCAAGUUAUAUAGGAGGUGACAUUUAAAAGCAUUAAAGGUAAUCUAUCUCUUCUUUCCUCAGUAGUUCAUGCAGCAACAAUAUAACUUGUCUUUGGGAUUAAGCAUUACAUAACUCAGUUCAUGAAUUUGGGGGAAAUUGGGCUUAAAUCAUCAUAUAACAAGCGACAUACAUUUCAAAAUGUUUCAAUCAUUUAAUUCUGUUUAGACCAAAGCCCUGUUGAGGUCAGAGAAGAAUGAGAAACUGCUUAUGGAGGAAAACAAAAAGUGUAAAAGGGAAAUUGUUGAAAAAAAUUUAAAACUAGAAAAAGACAAUGGCUGCCUUAAGGAGGAUCUAAAAAUGCAUAGCUCUUCCAAUAACAAAAUAAAAGAAUUGCAAGAGGCAAUUGAAGACUUGCAGAAACAACAACAGGAAAAUGCCCAAAGUCUGAGCAGAAUUCAAGAGCAAAAAAUGGCUCUUCAAAAGGAAAUCAAGACACUUUGCGACAAAAAUGCUGUUCAAACUCUAUGGCGGGAGCAGCAGGCAAGAGAACUUGAAGAUUUUGACAAGUUAAAAAAAGAAGCUCAAAUAAGGACAUCAGACAUAAGUGAGUUAAAACAUCAAAAUAAAGAUCUUAAAGCGAAAGAUCAGCAAAAGCAAAAUAAAAUGCGGGAACUACAGAACCUCUUACAGAAUGAGGGCACAAAGAGUAAGAAUGUCCAGGAGGCAUUCAAUAAUGAAAAGCUGAGCACACACCAAUUGUCUGAGAAGGCAGAGACUUUGCCAGCUUUGAACAACAAAUUACAGAGCUUACAAAGUGAAAAAGAUGGACUCCUGGGUGAACUGAUGAAAUCUAGAAAACAAGCAAAGUCUUUUGAAAAAGACAUUGAAAUGUUGAAAGAAGAAAUUCAGGGUCCAAACCUGAAAAGUAAAGAGCUGUUAGAGUUACUUCAGAUAAAAACCUCGGUGAGUGACAAUCUUCUGAGAGAAUUGCAAUCAAAAGAUGUGCAUUUAGCAAGUCUGGAAGAAGAGGCUGUAAAGACUUGCAAAAUCAUAGAUGGGAUGCAGCUUGAAUUAGAAAAACUCUAUCUUGAAAUUGAAAAUGACCGGGAGAGAAACACACGUGUGGCGUUGACCCUAAAUCAGGGGAAUCAAUGUUUGAAGAAGGAAGUGAAAGGAAGGAAGGGCAACGAACAAAAGCUUGCGAUCCAAGUAUCAACCUUCAAGAACCAGAUCAAACAUGUUGAGGACAAAUUAUUAAAUGUUCACAUGUAUCUCAGUAAAUCUGAAAAAGAAAAUGCUUCACUAAAGGAGCUCAACAUGACCUUAGAUCAUGAGAUCAGCGUGAUUAAAGCAGAGCUGGAAGGCAACAAAUCUAAGAAUCAGUCUUUAGAUGAUUAGCUGGAGCAGAUGGGGAAGCAAAAGGAAGAGACAGAAGCAAGAGAGAUGGAGAAACUGUCAGUAGUUCAUAGCAAACUUAUUAAGGUGAAGGACACAGUGUUAUUGACAGAGGUAGAAAGACAAAGGCUUGCCAAAGAAUUGGAGGACUGUAAACAGAAUGUUUUACAGUACAGUGGAAAAUUAAACCAAAUAGAAAAUGAAAAGUCCAUGGUGGAAGAAAAGUUCCAACUAUGUCUUGUUCACACUCCCUGCCACAGUCAGCUGGCAAUCGGCAUCAUUCCAUCCACCUUUUUCGUCCACCUCCUGCCUGCCUGUAAGUUUUUGUUUGAUUAUUAAAGUGCCCAUGUCAUCGAAUUUUCAUGAUAAAUCCAAUUACAUUUAUGCAAAGGAAACAUUAAUAAAAUAUUUCAAAAAGUAAUUUCUUGCCACUGAAAUGAAGUUGUUGUUCAUAUACAUCUGUACAAUAUGGUCAUAAAUUUCACAAGAAAGGAACUUCCAGAUUACUCCUUUGUGCUCUUUUAUGACAUAAAAGGGGAGCCUCAGCAUGUAAAUUGACCACUGCUACAAUGGCUGACAGCACAGACAGCAGGAAAAAAUCUGAUGUUUCUAUAAACAUAUUUCAGUCAAUAUCAGAGAGAGACAAGGCAGAGUCAGAAGAAGAAAGUCAUCUGUCAUAAGAUAGCAGAGCAAAAGUGCUGCGACAUGUGUACGGCUUCCAAUUCAACCAUUCAAUUUUUGCUGGAGGAGCACGGUCAGAGUCAAUAUGUAUGAAUUGGUCAGAUUGCUAAGCCAACUGGGUGUCUGAAUGGGGUCUUUCCCAUUAACCGCUGCCUGAUCUCGGCCCAGCACUCUUGGAUUUCCCCCUACCUGUUAUCCAUUUCUGGCGGAUAACAGGAUCAGUUUAGGCCCUCCAUCAAAUGUGGGGGUUAUUUCCUCCCCGCCACACUACCUGCCGGUGGUUAGUGUCUCUGCCUGCCGGUGUACUUGUGGUUCUUGGUGUCCGGGGCUGGGUGCUUUGGUGUGUACUGGCUCACUCCCGGUGGCUGCUUGCCUGGGCUCUGUUGGACCUCUGGUUGGGGAGUGAUAUGUCCCGGGGCCUCGGGUCUCUGGGUCCAUGGCAGGGUAUGCCUGGGCAUAGACAGCUGCCAGCAGGGCUUGUGGGCUCGUCGCUGCAGCUCCCUGGGGCUUCUGCACUGUGGCUGCUGGGUGGUUCUUCUGGGACUCUCCCCUGCUCUUCUCUUUCUCUUGGGGGGGUUGCGGUAGUCCCGGCGGUGCUU